UAGUUCGGUGUCUGUUACUUACCCGUCUUGGAUACCCUAGUUUUCGCUGUUGUGAAACAUCAACAUAGUAACCCGGGAAAGCCAACCCCAAAGGCGGCUAGCUACAUUUCAUCCUAGGAAUCUCACAGCUGACCUGGAUAUUCGGAGGCCCUGGCGAACACUGAGAAAACAACAAUGGGUGCAUGUCGCUAGGAAAAGUUGCUAGCUUAGUCGGCACAACUACUAGCUAACAUUGGUUUGCUAACGUUAGCUGGCUAACGCUAACGUUAGCAAACAGACAGCUGGGCGAAACUGAGGAAGAAGUCCGGAGAAGUAAGGAUUUCUUCAUUAUUGAGAUGUCAGGAUGAAUUUGGACAUCUAGACACGUUGGAUUGUUUCCCUAAAGGUUGAAUGAGAGAGAUGAGGAGCAGCAGGAGGGCUGAGGCGUCUCUGAAGAAAUCUGCUCAGCAGCUUACGGCUCACAAUAUUGGCACAGAGCUGACAAAUGCAUGGAAAGGGUUGUCCCAGUCCAAAGCUGCUUUGCGGCAUAUAGAAAACCGUCUAGAGGCAGCGCCAGGGACAGGGGUGGUCAUGGACUCUGUCAUGGAACCUCCAAAGAAGAAAUCCUCCAGGACGGUUCGCUGCAAGGGCGGCCAACAAGCGGAUGACCCUGGAGGGUCUUCAAAGCGCAGGGGGCGAUAUCAACAGAGUCCAGAAAAGAGCAGCUCACGCAGCCCACUGAGAAACGCCACACAGGACAGCAAUGUCCGCAGGAACAACAGCGUGGAGUUCAGGGACCCGUUAGCCUCCUACAGAGAGGCCACCCCUCCACCACAUCCCUCCUCUCCGCUGGAGGCCUACAGCCUGCAGUCAGUGCCAGGGUCUUCGCACCAAUCAUUUCCGCCCCCCUCAGAUCCUCCGCUCAGCCAGCUGGUCUACCAAAGAGACACCAGGGAUAAACAGACAGACAGGGACCUUGACAGCACACACUCCUCGGCUCUGGAGAGCACAGAGGUUCGCUACCUCAAUGACCAGCCAGCCCUGGACACCUUGAGGACUAUUGGAAACCGGGCACAUCUCACGUCCGUAAGAGCCUCUGCAUGGGAGGAGGCUGAGGAGGAAAGCGCUGCAAAAGCACAUCUUGGUAUGGAUCGUCAAGAGUCAAGCCCAUGUCUAGCCGCAGCCCGAGGCUCCACGCACCGAACGGAGAGCACUCACUCCAGCAGCCCCGGCUCAGCUUCCCAGCGGCUGGAGAACCUGAGGCGACAUCAACCUGAUGAUAAGCUGGAGAAGCUCAAAGAGCGUAUUCAAAGGCAGAGGCAACAUCUGGAAGAGUCUGCAGAGAGAGAAAAGCUGCUGGGCUCUCUGGAACAGCCAGUUAUGGCAGCUGUGGGGAGUAACAAUGGCGGUACUAGCAACAUGCCCACAGCCUUAAUACGGAAAGUAGCGGCUGCCCCUCCUGCACCUAUAUACAAAGGUUUCAACAGUACUGAGACAAAAAUCCGGACUGCCGAUGGGAGAGUUUGGAAAGAGGAGGAGUUCCAUAACCUCAGCAGAGAAAUAUACAGGGACCUGUCACGACAGUUUGCUGAGAGCACCCUAUCCAGACAGCAGCAGCAGAGGGAACAAAGCGCAGAUGGACCUAAAGAAAGGAGGCCCACCAAACCAGUCAGGAAGGUCCACAGAGCCGCCCCUUCCUCUGGCCAUAGUACAAAACCAGCGAUUAGCCCUGCAUCGUGGCGGGAAGGCCAAAAACUGGUGAAGAUGGUACUGGGUCCAGUUCCCAGGCUGCCCAGGGAGGAGGAGAGGUCGCCUUCAGCUGACAGACUGAGCAGAACAGCUUCACGUCACCCCUCCAAUUCAGCGCCGCGUUCGCAAUCAAACCCGCAGCCCUGUCCUAACCGCACAGAAAGGCCUCAACGUGGAUCUCAAUCCAAAAGCCACUCCACAAACACAUCUACGCCCUCUUCUGCAGAUCAGGACAAGGCUCCAGGGGGUGUAGUUACGGACCUGUUGCCAGCAGAUAUCCAGGGGAUACUUGAUGACCUUCAGCUGGAGUGUAAAGCAGCUGAGCGGGAAGAGCGGUCCCGGCAAAGGUCCCGGGGAGGGACGGGCGGUACGAGGGGGAGAGGGGGUUCAGGGUCACGAACAAGGGCUCCGGUCUCCGCUUGGGGAUCUACGGCGACCACGGGUAGCUACUCAAGAGGCUGCCGCAGCGCCAGCCCCGCCGCACGCCGACCAGAGACCGCAGACGCCGGGCAGAAGAAACGACACUACGAUGCAGACACAGUUCGCCAGUACAUUUCCAGGCAACAAGAGCAGAGGAAGAGGCGACGCGCUGAAGAGAAGAGGCAGCAGAGAGAAGAGUCGGAGAGUCGAAACCAGAGGCUGCAAGACCUCUACAGGAAGCAAAAAGAAGCGGCCAAAGCAGUGGCCCUUCCUAGCGGGGCGCCUGUGGCCCCGGUCCAGAAGCGACUGCAGGAGACCUACACCAAACUGCUUCUGGAGGAGGCCCAGCUGGACAGGGAGGCCUCAGGGAGACAGCUCGCUGCUCCUUUCAGUCCAAUGCAGCAAAGGCCAAUGUACCAGCCCUCCGGAGAGUCGGACAAAGAGAACAAAAGACUGGAGGCCCCGCAGAGUCCCUCGAGCAGCGAUAGGUCUUUGAAUGAGCAGCCGCCCGCUCCAUUAUCCAGGACUGACCUGGACAUUGGAGUUGCCUCUCUGCUUCAGCCUGACCGUCUGAGCCCACAGGGUCAUCCUACGACUGGUCCCAGCGGCAGUGGGCUAGCGCCUUUCGGGGACCCUCUCCUCUCACAGCUGCUCAGGCUGGAGACUGCGCUGGCAGCCAGUGACCUAAAGCACGCCAAGCGGCCAGCCACAGCACCUUCCAACAGGUCCACCCGCAUUGAGGCGCUCAAGGCCACAGCCGCAUCCCUCUCCAACCGCAUAGAGAGCGAGGCCCGCAAGCUUGCUGGGGAGGGGAUCAACUACGGUAUGGAAACUUCAAUAGACAGGGAUGCUAUUAGACCCUUUCAAGAUAAUAUUGCUGAUGGAUGCUGGGCAGAAUCGACCGCUCCAGAGAACGACGACGUCGCCUUGAGGAUCCAGAGAAUAUUGACCAGCACGGGUCAUAGUUCGUACAACGGCACAGCUCUUCCAGGAGCAGGCAAUCUGCACGCCUCCAGGAGAGAGAGAGAAGAGAAAGGCACACACACCAUUUUGACUAAUCCACAAACAACGCCAGUUCUCAACAGUUACGCUCAUUUAAAGGGGAGGCUGGUCAACGGCCUGGACAUGGUAGAGAGAGUGGAACAAAGGAUGGGGUGUGGAUUGAACGACGGGAAGGAUAAGAAUCGGACAGAUCUCCACGACUCAAGUGCCGGUUCCAUCAGCGAAGGUCCUCUUCUGAGUGAAGGGAGUUUUUCUGAGGAUGAUCCGAGCCCCCCUCAGCCCUCCCACAAUCGCGUACCUAGAUCGGCAGAUCGCCUGAUGGCAUUGGACCGCGUCACGGGUCAAAGAAGGGAUUACCAGCGGCUGUCAGAGUUCCAGAGAGAGGCAGCAAAGUGCUCAGCCCUCGGCUCACCCGCUGCACAGCAUGACGGCGGCAAAGCAGCCUGGGAGGAGCUGAACAAAGGAAGCCCUCUAAGUGUAAUCAACAUUUUCACUAAGAAUCUUCAUGGCCAUGUUGCAGUGAGUGAGAGGAACUCUCCCUCUGCCCAUUCGUUACACUCUGCAAGUGGUCCCGUGGACGCAGCCGUCUAUGAAGAUGAUUUUGUCUCAUCACAUAGCAGCGGAGCCAGUGGCCGGUUCAAGAGAGGCUCCAAUUCUCGCAGUGUGAACAGCCAUUUUGAGGAGCUGAUGAGAAGGUCUCCUUAUGACAAAAGUUUGGGAGGCACCAAUUCCCACCAUUCAUCCUUUCACUCGUCUAUUCACUCGCCGCAUCUUUCCUCUGGUUCAACAUCUGGCUCUUUAACCUUCUCCAAGCACUCUGCUAGAAAAAGGGGCACAGCAUCAGACCAGAGUGAUGGGACCCUGGUAGGAGAGCAGAAGAGUCCCUGCUCACCGCCCUCAGAGGAGUUAUCUUCUGACUCCAGGAAGAGGGGCUCAGACAAAAGCUCUCACCGCAGCCAGACCAAGAGUGUCGCCUCCAAUGACACCACAGGGGAGCAGUCUGGGCUUUCUCAACAAAGUUUGGGUCUUGACAGUCGGAACUCUCCAGCCGCCAGGCCAAAACAAGCUUCUCCCUCUGGCUCUCCGUAUCCUGGUUCUCCGCCGCAAGCUGGCUCCCCCAGUGAACCGGGGCGAAGUGCCUCUCUGGGGCCAAAUUAUCCGAACACUGGCCCCACAGCUCGCAAUGGUAGAGCCGAGCCCAAGACCACAGGUGAACUACACUAUUCACCUGCCGUCUUGCAGCAGCGCAUGGUGGCAGAGCUGGAGUACCUGGAGUCCUAUGAGGAGUCGGUCCGACAUCUGGGAGACGUGGAGAGGGUGAUGGGCGUGUCCAUGGCGCAGCAGGAGAGUGUAUCCCUGGCCCAGAUGCUCAAGGCCAGGCAAGAGUGCCAUGCGCGUGACCUCUAUGAGCUAAAGAUCAAGGCGGAAAGGGAAGCCCUGGAGACACAGCUACAGUUAGAAGAAAACCGGCAGAGAGUGGCCCGGGCUCACAUAGAACUGCAGGAAAACCUGGCAACAAAUCAAAAGGAGACCUUGAAAGGCCUCCAGGAGGCAACUACCAAGUUGAUGACUCAGCAGGCUGAGACAGCACGAUACACAGCUGACACGGCCCGACACAUCAAAGAGAUGACAGAAUUGGCACAGUCGCAGAUAACCAGAGCUCUGAUUGUCCCCGCCGAUGUUUCUGAUUCCUCCGGCGUGGAUCGGGAGGAACAACACAGCUCCUACUCAAAGCAGCAAAAUGAUAAAAAUGACUCUGACAGCUUCCCUAGCGAUGUGUCGAGCAGAAAGACCAUGCCAGAAGAACCGUUGUCUUCACUAAACAGCCCCAGUAUCUCCGAUUCUCUUUCCUUCAGAAGACCGGACCUCAGUGGCGCAGACUCUGGCAGUCAACACAGCCUGUCGCGCACCUCGCCUGAGCACAGGGAACGGACGAAAAAAGAGGCAGUAGAAGCGCAAUGGAGGAAAGGAGGCACUGAAGAGAAGGUGGAGAGGGAAGCAGGCAGCAGCUCCAUAGAGGAGGAAGUUCUAACAGCAGCAAAUGACUCCGUCUGCAGUGACAGCAUGCCCUCUGUAGUGGAUGAGAAAGCAGACAGUACGUCAGUGGCGACAGAGUACUCCCUCAAAUUCGAUGAGUCCAUGACAGAGGAUGAGAUCGAAGAGCGUUCCUUCCGCUCUCUGCUGCCGUCUGAGGCGCACCGCCGCGGAACUAUGGAGAAGAAGUCCCGGCACCACGAGGAAUCGGAGGACGAUGGAUCCCAUCACAACACAACAUUGGUUCCAGGGGCACACAGUAUCUUAAAGUCUCAUGAUGCAAACAUGGCAUUUUCUGGAGGACAGGACAGCUUUUCGCAGUUCACGAUGGACAUGGUGCGCCAAUACAUGAAGGACGAGGAGGUAAGACUGCAGCACCAGAGCUCCCUGCUUCAUCUCCGCCAGAAAGCCGUCAAAGAGAAGACGAGAACUGAGCUGGCCUGGCUAGAGCACCAGAAAAAGAGGCUGAGGGACAAGGGCGAGGACGACAAGAUGCCACCCAUCAGGAAGAAACAGAGGGGCCUUCUGAUGAAACUACAGCAGGAACAGGCUGAGAUUAGGCGCCUUCAGGAGGCCAACAAGGCCGCCAGGAAGGAGAGGCAGCUUCUGCUGAAGCAGCAGGAGGAGAUUGAGCGGAUGAGAAACUCGACACUCCGACUGAAGGAACGUCUUAAAUAUGCUGGGGAUGAAGUGAUGUCUGAGACUCCUGUUUCAGAAACCCCCGUGUCCGAGGCAGCCCCCCCCAACCCGAGACCUCCGGAUGAUGUCCGCUGCCCCUCGCCCUCGCACUCCAUCUCCGGAAGUGAGACCAGCAGCAUCAUGCAGAGGCUCAAGAAGAUGCGCUCUCACAUGGAUGAGAAACACUGUUCUCCUGUCCACUACUUCCUCUCUGUGUUCACGGCCCACCAGUGGGCCUCCCUCAGUGUCUGUCUUCCCAACCUCCAUCCUAAAUUCCAGCUUUUUAUCUACAACCAGUUGGUCAGGUUCCUGACAAAGAGGGAGCAGCAGCUGAUGCAGAGGCGUCACCAUGCUGAGGAGCUGCUGCAGUGGAAACAGCGUCUGGACCGGGAGGAGGCAGAGGUUCAUAGGAUGGAAAAGGAGGCCCUGGCCGUAUGGGACGGGCAAACGUCUCGGGCCGCGGAAGAGAGCCAGGAAAAAGAGGUCUCCGACAUUAGCCCAAGCUCCAGUCACCAUCGCAGCUCGGAGCACAGAGCUGACAGCGACAAAGAGUUUGUGAGUGAGGCCGACUGUUCCUCUGCGACACCCGGGUCCAGUAUACACACCGAGGGAGUCGCGUCCCAGCAACCAGGAAGCAUGUCUUCAGGUCAACCUGUUUCCAUCAUCGAAACGCCUUUGGCCUCUGUGAGGAGCAGCCAUGCGAAUUACACCCCGGACUUCACUUCGGCUUCCCGGUCACCUAGCAGACAAUCUCCACUCAAAGGCAGCCACAGCUCUGCUGCCUCUCCUUCUGAUUACAGCAGCAAAACCAAGAUGGAGCUUCGCCCCUCGUCCCGGACCACCAACCCAACUCAGCCAAGUGAAUCCCUCAUGCCCAUGCAGGCUGAACCCAUUUCAGACCAGAGUGACAUAGAGAGCCGUAUCAAGGCCCUGAAAGGAGAACUCAGAAAAAGAAAGUUUAUGGCUUACCAGCUAAAGAAAGAGCAGAAGAAGAGGAACAAAGAGCGCCUGAAGGCUAAGGAGGCCAGCCUACUGAAGCAGCUGGAGAGCUACAAUACCUUCAUUGAGAAAACUAAGGCAGAACUGAACAAAGAGCCAGACUCAACAACUGAUACGACGUCCCAGAUUGAAGAUUCCACCUCAAUAGAAAAGCAGACCGGCAUUAAACCACCUGCCCACAGGUCUGAAGCUGGCCAAUUACCUCAAAGGACGCAAAGUCCUUCAUUGGAUCACAAUGCCCUACCUCACGUUGAUCACAGUGGUUCCACCUCAGUGCCCGAAGAAAUGUCUGACGAAGAACCGCCGACGGUCACUCCGACCCCGGUAUGUGGCAGCCCAGAGUGUCGGCCCUCAAGAACCAGGAGCCACCUGGCCACAGAGGAACUUCUAAGGACUUCCUCUAAGGAAGGCCUGUCACAGAUGAGUGUCUCCGGGGCAGAGACUGCUGUGUCCUAUCAAAGAGUAGACAUUCGGGAUGAGCUGGAGGUGGAAGUAAGCUCCCCUUUAGAGGAUCAACAACAAUCUGAACGUCUCCUCAAGCUGGAAAAGGAAGACCGACUCGACUCUGGAGAGAAACUGUCUGCAUCUAAACAUCUCUCCUCUCACAUGAGUGAAGGCCAACAUUCUCCAUCCGUUAGUAUAGAACGUGAUAAAAUGAGGGAGACAUCUAAAGCUGAAGAAGCUGUAAAAUCAAAUAUUAUCUCCAACGAGUCACACUCUGCCACAUCCAGUGACCGUUCCUGCUCUCCCAACUCCGUCGGCUUCUCUUCAAACAAAGAGGCAACCAUGAAGGAUGUCGAGGACUCUUCUCCUAUUGUAGAUGGUUAUCAUCACGACUUUGAGUCUUCAUUGGAUUCUACGCCCAGGCAGGUGCGCCAGGGUUCAGGGUCUCCCUCUCAAAUCUCAGUUGGCCCUGCAGAGAUCAAGAGCUCCGGAGACGACGUCCCUGGCCGAGCCGCACCUUAUGACAGCCACGAUGAGGAGGUGGAGGAGGAACUCGCUGAAGAGCCGAGUCCCCGUUCAGGGUCUAGUGAAGCCAGUGUACGAUCUGCGAGACUGCUGGAUCUUCAUAACCACACAGAGGACUCCAGACGUGACGACAAGGAUAUCGUUAAUUCCACCCACUCGCCACCCAUUUUGCCCGUUGGAGAUGAAAUGCCGAGUUUCAGCAUCGCAGAUCGAGUUCUCGUUGGCGGUGUACAGCCGGGCACCCUGAGAUUCAAAGGUCCAACCAGAUUCGCCAACGGCUUCUGGGCUGGCGUGGAGUUGGAUAAGUCGGAGGGGAGCAACAACGGCACGUACGACGGGGUGGUGUACUUUGAGUGCGAUGAGAGCCACGGUAUCUUUGCUCCUCCGGACAAGAUAACACACCUGCCGGACAAGUUUGAGAUCUACACGGACACCACGGAGGAUGAGGACUCGUUUUUUGAUGGUCUGUCGGACAAAGGCGGAGAUGAACGCCAAACAGAUGAGCGCCACUCUCCGAAAGAAGGAAGUCUGGAUGGUGAGAAUGAGCAAACUUAUAAGAAGGUCUCUGGGUUUGGAGAUAAAAACAUAACGGAUGAGUCGGUUCACAAGAACGGAUCCCACCUCAAUUCCAGCCAUUACAAAGAAUCCAAGACACCCGUCUCUAAUGGCAACGCAAAGGACAUAAUGUUGGAUUUUGAAGAAGCGCCGACCAGCCUCCUCAUCUCUGACAUCGACAAGAUCGGACUCGGGAGGCAGAGUCGGACAGACGUUACUCCCCGUGUUGAGAGGAAAGAGUUAGACUCAAAACACCAGUUUGUUCCUGGGGAUCUGUCUGCAGACAUCGGGCAUGUCGAGAGAGAUCCGACGGACAGAAACCUACUGGAAACAUUUGCAGACAAGUUCCUCAACAACUGUGUAAAAGACACUUUGGCGCAGUUUGCUGAAAUCAAAAAGGCCAAAGAGAAGAAGAUAGAAGCUGCCAACCAAAUGAAUGGAGACCUUUUUGGUGGAAAUGUUGAAGAAGAAGAAUGGUUGUCUUCAGUGCAACAAAAAGAUGGUCUUCCCUUCUUCAUACAUGCAGAAAAAGAAGAGCUUUCUUCUCCGGAGCUGUGUAACCGACCUGAGAGUCCAGUGUUGGGGGCCAGUGGUCAGGAGGAGCUCGCCAAGCGGCUCGCGGAGCUGGAACUGAGCCGCGAGCUGCUCGAUGAGCUGGGUGACGAGCAGGACUGGUUUGACGAGGACUUUGGCCUCAGCUCACGCAGAGAGCAGCAGCGACUCAAACAGAUGGAGGAAGAGGAGGAAGAGAGGCUGGGGGGGUGUGACCCGUCGGUCGUAGCGGCCCUGGGGGGGCUGGUAUCCUCGUCCGGCGGGGAGCAGCAGGCUAAGACUCCACCUAGACCUGAGCUACCUCUGCCCCUGCCCCCGAAGCUACCUGAGCAGCCUGCCAUGGUCGUGCCCCACUCCGCCGCCGAGGUGGAGAAGAUGGUCCAUGCCGCCGCCCAGGAGAUCUGGGAGAGCUGCGGCCUGGGGAGGGAGGGAGCGCUCGCCCUGUCCCAGCUGCCGAGUCCCAAACCUUCACAAGGGUAUCUGGGUAAAGACGCCAGCGGCGAGGACCCGGAGUCCCUCUGCGUGCGCAGCUACAGAAAGGCUGUGUACGACCUGACGUGGGAGAUGCUCGAGGAGAUCUACACUGAGGAUCCAAACGUUGAUCAGCCUCAGUGGGUCAAACCACGUCGAGUUAAGUCCUCCUUCUUCCACGGAGCCAAGACGCCGGGAGACCUCUCCAAAGUGCAGGAAUUCAUCUCAGCAGAGGUACUGAAGAUGUAUGGUUUGACGAAAGAUCACAGCCAGAAGACCGACUGGCAGAAGAUGCUCAAAUUUGGCAAAAAGACGCGAGACCGAGUCGAUCAUAUUCUGGUUCAGGAACUCCAUGAGGAGGAAGCCCAGUGGGUCAACUAUGACGAGGACGAGCUGUUCGUAAAGAUGCAGCUGGCGGACAGCAUCUUUGACGCGCUGCUGAAGGACACCGCUAACGUGCUGACGCUGAUCUACGACAAGAGGGCGAAGAGGGAAAACGCCCCGUCGUGACGGCCAAACUACAACCUCUAGCUCAAUCCCAGUCGUUCGCACCCCCCCCCCCCCCCCCCGACGAGCUCCAGCCAACCUCCCGCCGCUCGGUCUUCCACCAGCUGACGUGUCAGCAGCAAACCUCAGAUGCCUUCAGCCCCAGCGUUACCUCUCAGCUGAACCGCUCCCACUUCUUCCUGUGACGGUCAUUUGGUGACUUCGACUUCGGCUCACUGCAGCGGUUGUAUGAUUUUGUUCUACACACAAAACGCCUCUUGAGCAGUCCAGCCUUCUCAAACCUUAACACCACCUGAUCUCGGUCCUCACCUCCUUGGAGUGGUUCUUUUUGUAAACACCGGUUGGAGGAGGAGUCGAUUCUUCGAUGGGAUGGACUUGGACAGUUUGUUCGCACUUAAAAUCCAUUAAUGCUGCUAAAAUUGAUUGUUCCGUGAGGGGGUUUUCUUUUUUUAAAUCCACCUAGAACACAAGGAGGUUGUCAUAUUUUGUAUUGAAUCCUAUAAAGUAAAUGUAUGUGUAGAUUUAAAAAUUGUAAUAGAGUAGCAGACUAUACAGUGUAGUCCAGUGACAGUCAAACAUUAACGUGUUGGCUUUGUAGUCCAGUUCAUUCGAAUUUAACAAUGGUUAUGAAGUUAAAAUUAAUUUGAGGGUUUUUACUUUUAUCUUAUUAUUUACCUGCAGACAUUGCAGCCAUUCACUCUUCAGUCUGGUCUUUGGGGGGGACAGACUCAGUCCCUCUAAAUUGGGGGGGAUGUGUAUAGAUAGAAAAACUUAGAUUAAAAGCACUUUAACUUCCUAAUCAUUGUUGAAUUUUGAGCAGAGGUAGAAAAAUAGAAAUGGUCACGGAUCAAAUAUUGUCAGACUGCGCUGUAUUGGAGUGUCGAUGAGAUCAGAUAUUGUAUGAAACCUCUUUAAAUAUAUUAUUUAUUGUGUGAAAACGUUUGAUUAGAGGAAUAAGGAACAUUUUGAACUGUAAAUGAUCUUGUCAACAUAUAGAAAACAGAUUCUAACAUUUUACUGAAAUUGUAAAAAGCACAAAAAGAAAAAUGUGAACGUGGACACAGCAAUAUAUUAUCUAAAAGGUUUGAAGAGUGCUAUUGAUGUCUUGGUGAAAACGGUUUAAAUAUUUCAACAUUGGAGUGUUUUUGAUUUGUUGAAAGUAUUCUGUAUGACUUUUAUUGUGGCCACAGCUGUUCUCCAGUUGUUCCUCUUUUGUACGCCACAUGAACCGUGCACUUGGGUCAACGGUUGGAAACGAGACGUACAACCUGCAAGAAAACGCUUUUCCAGUGAUUUGCGCUUGAUAACUAUUUUUUUUUGGAGUUCUAACUGAGGACUUUGAAUGGGGGGGUUGUCCAUCAGCGCAUCAGCGUAACAAAAGUAGAAUCGCAGCACAGGACAACACCGGUGUGCUGGAUUUUAGCCUUGCUUUUCAUACAUUCAUUUUUCUUUCUAUGACACCUGUGGUGGUCCUGUUUCUUUCGUCGGUUGUCCUUGUGAAGGUUGCCAGCUGAAGGUUUGGUGGUCUCUCUCUCUCUCUCUCAGCAUUCAGUUCAAGUGCCUCUUUUAGUUGUAGAUUCAUAACAAACUCUGUUGAUGUCUCGACACCUUUUGGACCUAUUUUUCUUUGAAUGUCUCUUUCAACUUGCUGUAUACUACCUUUUCUGUAAAUGAUCCUUAAAUGGCCCCUUUUAUUUCUCACCGGUUUGCCAAAACUUCAGUUUCUGCCUUAUCAAUCUUUCUGUAUUGAAGCCUACUUGGGAAUGUUUUCCAAGCCUUUUCAUUUUGUCCUUGCGCCGCUUGAGAAAUUGUUCGUGCUAACGGAAUCACUGACUCACUCUAAAUGACAACUGCCCCUUGGCCACAUCGACCCUGCAUCUGUGUAUGUACACACAGUUGAGUCUUUUUUUUUUAUAUAGAUAAAGUGUAUCAACAACAUUGUUGAC